AUGAAGUUUACUCUUUUCGUUUUGAUUGCGAGUGUCCUGCUGAUCGACUAUGCGAGUACCACGCUAGAGUGUGGUUGCGAGGACCGCACCACAACAACAUUGCCACCGCCUUGUCUCACAACCACUACGACGGCUCCUCCCCCACCAUGCGAGGAAACAACAACGACAACAAAAACCACAACUAAAAAGCCAACCACCACAACAACAACUGAAAAGCCAACCACCACAACAACAACCACAACAACUAAGAAGACUACCACAACAACAACAACAACAACGACAACAACAACAACCACAACUAAAAAGCCAACCACUACAAACACAACUGAAAAGCCAACCACCACAACAACAACUAAAAAGAUAACCACAACAACAACCACAACCACUAAAAAGCCAACUACCACAACUGAAAAGCCAACAACAACCACAACCACUAAAAAGCCAACCACCACAACCACAACUGAAAAGCCAACCACAACAACAACCACAACCACUAAAAAGCCAACCACUACAACUGAAAAGCCAACAACAACCACAACCACUGAAAAGCCAACCACCACAACAACAACGACCACAAAAACGACAACGACUACGUUGCCCCCAACAACUACAACAACAGCCACAACAUCAACAACCACAACCACUACUCUUCCCCCGACAACGACAACUACUACACUUUCCCCAACAACAACAACAACAACGACCAGGAGGACAACAACAGAGAAGCCUAGGACAACAACAACAACCACCGCGACGCCGAAGACAACUACCCAGAAGCCCGGAUGUGGUUGCAAGCCAUGUGGUCCCGGUGGCCAACCGUGCCCGGGAUGCCCGAGUCGGGAGAAUCUGUGCCAGGACUUGCUCAGCCUCCUGAAGAGUCUGGAGAAGAAAGUCAAGCAGUGUGUCUGCGGACAACCUCAGUGGAUGUUGUAA